CAUCUUCGCUACCCGCUCGCCCUCUACCGCAGCAUCGAGCCCCCGUCCGUCUUCGCCUCCAACAACGUGAUCCGGUGCCGCCGGGGCGGUCUCCCUCUGGAGUCGGUGUCCGUCUACGCGUCGAUGCUGCGGCGGCGGCGGCGGGUGAGGCCCAACGAGCAUACCUUCACUUUCGUGCUGCAGGCUUGCGGGAAGGGCGCGGGUUUGUUGGAAGGGAGGCAAGUCCACGCUCAUGCCGUGAAGCUCUGUUUUUGUGGGGAUCUGUACGUUAGGAACGCGUUGAUUCACCUGUACUGCGCUUGCUCUGAAAUGAGCGCUGCAAAGAGGUUGUUCGAUGAGCUCCCUGGCUGCCGAGACGUCGUCACGUGGAAUUCGAUGGUAGCGGGGUUCGCGAGAGGUGGGCAGAUCGACGUUGCUAAGCAGCUUUUUGAUGAAAUGCCUAAGAGAGAUGUUAUUUCUUGGACUGCUUUGAUUUCUGGAUAUGUUCAAAACGGUCAGCUGGAAAGGGGAUUAGAGUGUUUUAUGGAUAUGAGAGAGUGUGGUCUGAUGCCCAAUGAGGCCAUCUUGGUGACAGUGCUCUCGGCUUUGGCUCAACUAGGCUUGCUUGAGCAUGGUCGGUUCGUACAUUCGGUCAUAAACUUGUUAAAUCUUCCAAUUACAGUCUCUCUUGGGACCGCUCUGGUCGAUAUGUAUGCAAAAUGUGGAUGCAUUGAACUGUCUAGACUCGUAUUCGAUGAAAUGCCACGAAAAAACAUUUGGUCGUGGAAUGCCAUGAUUUGUGGAUUGGCCUCCCAUGGCCUUGGAAAGGAAGCUCUCACACUCUUUGAAGGAUUCUUAUCUGAAGGUCUCCAACCAGCAAGUGUGACUUUUGUGGGGGUCUUAAAUGCGUGUAGUCGAUCAGGUCUGGUUAGGGAAGGUAGGCAAUAUUACAAGUUGAUGACAGAGAAAUAUGGAAUCGAACCUGAGAUGGAACAUUAUGGAUGCAUGGUUGAUCUCCUAGCUCGUGCAGGUCACAUUUAUGAAGCCGUUGAUUUGAUUGAAAACAUGAAAGUUUCGGCAGAUCCAGUCUUAUGGGCGACAUUGCUCGGCGCCUGUAAAGUCCAUGGCUUAGUAGAACUAGGUGAAAAGAUAGGGAGCAAACUUGUAAACUUGGAUCCCACACAUGAGGGUCAUUAUGUGCAACUAUCAAACAUAUAUGCCAAGGCAAGCAAAUGGGCAGAUGUUAUUAGAGUCCGAAGACUAAUGUCCGAGCGAAAUGCCAAUAAAGUUGCUGGCUGGAGCUUGAUUGAAGCGCAGGGGAGAGUACAUAAAUUUGUUGCUGGGGAUAGACAGCACGAACUUUCGUCAGAGAUUUACAGGAUGCUUGAAAUCAUCGAAGCACGAAUCACAGAAGCUGGGUAUUCACCUGACGUUUCAUCAGUUUUGCAUGAUAUUGGAGAGGAAGAGAAGGAAAAUGCAAUCAAGGUGCAUAGCGAGAGGUUGGCAAUUGCUUUUGGAUUGUUGGUUGCAAAAGACGGUGAGUGCAUUCGGAUCGUGAAGAACUUGAGGGUGUGCGCAGAUUGUCAUGAGGUGACCAAGGUGAUCUCGCGGGUCUUUGGGAGGGAAAUAGUAGUGAGAGAUGGCAGUAGAUUCCACCAUUUUAAAGACGGAACAUGUUCUUGCCUAGAUUAUUGGUAGAGUAUUAAUUUCAUCUUCUUGCUUUUGUGGGGACCAUAUUCUUCCACCAACUUCGUGAUUUGAGCUUACAUAGUGGAGGGACAUGGCUUACACCCUACAACUUAAAAGCCUAAUGGAUUCAAAAGGGAUGGAGCAAAUGGAGACACCCUUUCAUGGGGGUCCCGCACCAGCUCAGUUGAAAGCGUGCAGCCUAGUUCCACUAGAGAAGAAAGAAGUAGAGGGUGUCCAAGAAGUUGAUGGAUCAUAAUGAGUAGUAAACUGUCAAUGGCAUCCGUAUGCUUCUAGCCAUACUGAAAGUGGGUUGAUGGAAGGGAAUAUGCGAGUGUAAUGCAAUUUUGGGGGCCUUAAUGUAAGUUCGGCCAGAGAGUUUACAGCAAUUCCUACAUAGUCAUCAAACCUUCAAUGAAGUUGCAAACUUAAACUUGAA